UGUUUGCUAUAAUGUAUAAGUUGGCGUGGGCUCAAGAGUAUGUCAUGGUCGAUAUGAUAUAUUUAUAACCUGCCCACCUGUCCUAUAUUUAAGGUUGAGCUCUCACGGUAGGCAUAUAUAGGCUGGUUUUCACAGAGAUCCUUCAAUCAGUGCUUAUCAGCAUUUGGCAGUGGUGUCUUCUAAAUAGCUGAAAUUGGGAUUCAAGAUGCGGGCGUACCUCUUGCUGUUGGUGUUCGCCGUCGCGUGCCAUUCGGCCACAUUGAGCGACAAGGAAGCGAGCAGCGACCAAGAGAAGCUGGGUUUCUGUACCCUUGAGUGCCCUGGGUACGAGGUGUUAUGCAGCAGGGAUGACUAUGAGGUCCGGAGGUACGAGAGUUCCCUGUGGGUGUCUACUGUCGUCACUGACGUCAGCUACGUCACAGGGACAACACGGGCCUUCUGGAGACUCUUCAACUACAUCACUGGAGAGAACGAAGAAGGCAUAAAUCUGGAGAUGACCCAGCCGGUUCUCGUGACGAUCCCCAAGGACAGGGACGGUUGGAUCUUCCGCGAUUACGUCGUCUCGUUCAUGAUUCCCAGGGUGCACUGGGGGAACCCUCCGCUACCGACUGACUCUACGCUGAACAUAGAAAGCCGGCCGGAGGAGGUGGUGUUUGUCCAGUCGUCCUCGGGUUGGCUGACCGGCUGGAACGCCGACACCAUGCAGAAGGACCUGGUGGGGAAACUCCGGGAGAACGGGGAAGUCGUUGUCGACAAUGGAGUCAUCACCGCUACGUACCAGCCUCCCUACCAGAUGACCGACCGUCACAACGAGAUCUGGGUCCUGGGAGGGGACGGCUACAUCCGGGACUCCUACCUCCCGUCAUGCCUCAGGGAAGCGAACGUCGGCGAGGUCAUCCCGGUCAAGGAUGUGCCUGAGGGGUGUGACGUCAGAGAGUGCGCGCCCUUCACCACUGUCGAGAGGAAGACUCCCAAUAAUUUCAUCGAGAGGACCAUGACGCCCACUAAGGGAGUGUGUAUGACGUCCAGCCCGGGGUCUGACUGGGAGGCGGGAACGUACCAAAACUACCUGCCACUGUACCGGUACCUCAACGGAGACAACAGCGAAAUCACGAAGAUAGACUCAACUCUGUCAACUUUCAUGAUGAUGCACACGGACACUUUCCUCUGUGAAGACUGUGCUCAGACCAUCACCACAUGCCUGACUCUACCGAAUUCCGCCUAUGACAACCCACCUCAACCGACGGACGACAGGCUGUUCCUCUACGAGGCACCUAUGAGCAACUUUUACCUCAUGGCGUUUACCGGCUAUCCGACAAAGAAACACAUGAGUAAGAUGGCGGCAAAAUUCAUGACGAUUCUGGAUGAAGAAGGUGUGGAGUAUACGAAGGACAUGUUCUUUGCCAGCGGGUACGAUGACUUCGCAUCUAAUAAAUACACUGAGAUCGCCUUCGCGAAGGGGACACCAGACGACCUGAUCACACAGGAGAUGCGGGAAAAGAAGUUCGCUAAUGUAGGGAACAGAAAGAAGGAAGAGACUAUGACAGACGCCCUGGACAUCCUCCCCGCCAGUAGUAUACAUGACGUGCCGCCGGCGUGUCAGGGGCGGGAGUGUCCCGUGUACAAGACCGUCAACACUUACCGCGGGUUCGUCGAGAGAGCCAUCAAGAAAGCUAAGUGGGCGUGUGUGGACACCAGCUCCUGUAACUACGAGAGCGCCAGUCUUAAGACCUUCUACCGUCUGCUGGACUAUACCAGUGGACAGAACUCCGCGGGUGUCAAGAUGGAGACGACAACGCCGAUCCUCACCUGGAACAAGCUGGAUAACCUUGAGAUGGGAGACUCCUGCAGCAAGGAGUACAGGACGUGCGUCAUUCUUCCCGAGAUGCACCAGGGCACUCCUCCCACGCCGUCAAACGACGAGGUGUACGUGUACAACAGUCGUGGGCCUCACGUUUACGUCAUGCCAUUCGGCGGUUACGCGACAAACGACAAGAUAGAACAGGUCGCCAGGGAGUUCCGCAGUCGCCUGGAUGCCGCCGGUGUACAGUACAAAACAGAGUACUUCAAGGUUGUGGUCUACGAUGGUCCACAGAAGACAGACCGGUACAACGAGAUGUGGUUUGUCAAACCGCACGAUGACGAGGACCGCGUGACAUUCGAUGUUAACACUUCAACUUACAAAUCAGACACCGUGACGUCAGCCCCAUCUCUGUGGGAGAGGAAGUGCAAGGCUUCCGGAUGCCCUAUAUGUCCGGAGUGUCCGGAAUUCGACGUCAUCCGGAGCUUCAAUAACUUCGACGAACGGAAAACACCUCGUGGCACUUGGGUGGACAAGAAGUUCCUCGGCUGUUCCACUAAGCAGGCACCCCCCGAAAUGUUGCCGCUGUUCCGUUAUAUGACCGGUACCAACAGCAAGCGUGUCUCCAUGGAAAAGACCUCUCCAAGGAUGACUGUUUUGUGGCAGAAGGACAACCGUAAGUUCGGUUGUGACAAAGACUUCCACGUGGCCUUCUGGGUACCCGAAGAGCAUGACCAAGGAAAUCCUCCUUAUCCCAUAGAACAAGACGUAACUUUAUACAAGUCUCAGGGAUACACUGCCUAUGUGAGGAGCUUCACCGGACCCAGACCGAACGACUCGGACCUCAUUCAGAUGACUCAGUCGUUCAUGGGCGCGCUGGAUGAAGCUGGGCUCAGGUACAAGCCGGACUGGAUCAAACUGUUGGAGUAUGACGAUCCAGACAUGGAGCCGGAAAAGCGGCUGAACGAAAUUUGGAUGGUGAAGAAGGAAGAGUAAACGCAGCCCGACUUCUGUAACCUGGAGUGCCCUGAGUUUACCAGUGUGCGCACCACGGGAGACUAUGAGGAGAGGAGGUACGGGGCCACCAAGUGGGCCUCCACCAAAAUCAGCAGCAUGAGCAUGAGCAUCGCCGGGAGCAGGGGCUUCAUGAAACUCUUCAACUACAUCGGUGGAGCAAACGACGCCGGAAAGAAGAUUGAGAUGACCCAGCCCGUGUUGAUGAAGGUUCCUGAGGAGACGUCUUGGUGGUUCUGGAAGGAGUACACCAUCUCCUUCAUGCUCCCCAGGGAGCACUGGAGCAACCCACCCAUGCCCACCAACUCUGAUGUGUACAUCGACAACAUGCCCGCGAUGACGGCCUAUGUGAAGACGUACGGAGGCUGGGCUAAUGGCUGGAACGUCAACUCCCACCGCCGGAAUGUGGAACAGAAACUGGCGGAGGAAGGAGAAAAUUUCGAGGGCAACUUCUUCUUCUCCGCCCAGUAUAAUGCGAAACAGCCAGCCUUCUGUAGUCCAGAGUGUCUUGACUUUGAGACGAUUUGUGAGACAGAGGACUAUGAAGCACGGAAGUACAUGGAUGCCAAGUGGGUGUCCACAACAGUCACUGACGUCACCACCAUCAAAGCAGGCAUGCGCGGCUUCAGGAGGUUGUCCAAGUAUCUUGAUGAGGAAAACGAUGCUGGAGUGAAGAUUCCGAUGACCCAGCCCGUGCUGAUGCAGGUGCCUACAGAGAAGGUAACCCGGUCAUCCGAGCGCCGCUACACCGUCUCUCUCCUGCUGCCCAGGGUGUACUGGGAGAACCCGCCAAAGCCAACUAACACUGCGGUGUUCCUAGAGAACACGCCAGAGAUGGUGGUGUAUGUGAAGUCUUACUCCGGCUGGGCAUCUGAUUCUAACACCCAGUCCAACUACCUGGACCUAGUCGGGAAGCUGACAGAGAACAACGAGACUUUCAGGGACCUGUUCUACUUUUCAGCGCAGUACGAUGCCCCUUUCCAAACGAACCGUCACAACGAGAUUUGGGUGUUGGGCCCCAGCAUUACGGACGAUAUGUACCCCCGUGAUUUCAUCUUUCUUCGUGGCGCCCCGUCUAACCGCAACCCCGCCCCGACCUGCGGUAAGGAGACGGGGAGACGCGGGUACCUGCGGAUGUCAGGGUACACACGGAAGUACCUCGGAAACGCCUUACCUCAAUGCGGCGACCGAGAAGAGUUCUGUCUAAACAAGGAGUGUCCCGAGUAUCAGGUGAUCGAAAGGUACGACUCUGGGAUCGAGAGGCGACGGUACACUGGGAUCAAGAUGGUGUCAUUGAACUCUGGAUCCGAAUUCUGUGACGUCACGACCGCGCGGAGGGCGGGGUUCUUUUUUCUGUCCAAGUACAUGAAUGGCACCAACGGUUACAAGGAGAAGUUAGACAUGACCACCCCUGUGCUGCUAGACGUGAAGAUGAAGGAGAUCUCAGAUAGGAUAGAACCUGCCUGCGACAAGACCAGCAGUGUGAGCCUCUACAUCCCCCGGGACAGGCAGCAGGACACGCCCGAGCCCGAGCUGCAGACAAAGCCGUGGCACAGAGAGUUACCUCCGGCCUCCCGUGAACAGGAGGUGUUCCUUCAGACCGUAGACCUGGACGUGUACGUCAAGUGCUUCAACGGCUACUCGGUCAAAGAUAACAUCAUCCAGACCUACCGCGACAUGAGGGAAUGGCUGUUGGCGGAGGAGAAGUGUUACAAGCCGGGAGUGGUGCACGUGGCCUCGUACAGCGAUCCGGGAAUGUUGUUCAGCAGGCACAACGAGGUCUGGCUGGAUGCCGAUGACGAGUGUACAGAGCAAUUUCCACAGGAGAUACCACUCAAAGAGUGGGAAGAGAUCAGGAGAGAAGAAGAAGAAAACAAAAAGAAGGUGACUCCAACAAGUCCAACGAAGCCCAAGCCAAAGCCCAAGACCACACUACCUUACAUCCUACCUGUGGGUAACAUCACGGAUAUGCCAGCUGAGUGCCAAAUACAAGAGUGUCCGAAGUACAAGACUGUCAAAAGACACGAGAACUUCGUACAGAGGAGCGUGAUCAACGCUACAAUGGUCUGCACCAAGACUGUGUCUUGCAGUUACGAGGCGGCGGCGAUGAAGAACUUCAUGCCUCUAUCUGAGUACAUCAGCGGACAGAACUCUGCCGGCAUCAAAGUCAAGAUGACGGCACCAGUUUUGACUAAGAUGGUGAAAGUCGGAGAUGGUGACUCUUGUGAGAAGGAAUACACAACCUGCUUCUACCUGCCGAAGGAACAUCAAACAAAUCCGCCCAAACCAAAGAACGACGAGGUGUUCAUUGACGACGAAGCCGCUUUCGACGUCUGGGUGACGGCCUUCAGCGGCUGGGCAACAGACGACAAAGUGGACAAACUGAUGGACACGUUUCGCCUGCAGUUGGUCAACAACAACGCUCUAUACACACAGUAUUACUUCGUCGCAAGCUACGACGUUCCCUGGAAGACGACAAGAUACAACGAACUCUGGAACCUGAAGGCUGGCCGCAGAUAUAAACCCAAACACGAAAGCGAAGAAUCCGUCGAACAGACGACCGAGACAUCUCGCGAGAUCUCGCGUGAUUCCAUGAAGUGUGAGGAUGGCGAGUGCCCAGAGUACCAGAGCAUUAAAAAAUUCAACAACUUUGAGGAAAGAAAAAUGCCAGGGACGUGGUGGGUUUGCAAGAAAAGCCGGGACUGUUCUAUGGCGCCGAUAUCUUCCUUCUGGUCCCUGAUGAACUACAUCUCAGGCAGCAACCACAAGAGCGUGACCAUCAACAUGACAGCUCCUGUACUACAAUCAGUAACCAUGAAUCCGAUAGACCUGGGUCAAAAAUGGUGCGACAAGGAGACUGUGAUGUGCUUCUGGCUGCCGAAGGAACUUCAGAACGAUCCGCCGCGACCAACUGAAAAUGGGGUGUACCUGUCCCAAAGUCGUGAAGGAGUUGCUUACGUCAUGACGUACGGGGACGUCGAGGAGACAGAGGAGGAUUUCUCCAGAAGGGCCCUGAAGUUCAUGCGCAUUCUAGACGGCGCUGGGAUCUCCUUUGAACACGGCCGUCUGAAGGCUGUAACCUACGAUGGCCCUCAAGUACCAACCAACAAGCGACCCAAGGAAAUAUGGCUCAUGGAGGGCGAUUACGACAGGGCCAACUUGAAGGAAGAGUUUCCUGAAGAGGUUCUGGAUCCUGUGGAAGAGAAAUGCACAUGGAUGAAAUGUCCGGAGUACAGGGAAGUCGGGCAACAUGAUGGCUUCGUGGAAAGACGCAUUGAACGAGGCACCUGGGUGUGCAAAAACACGAGACGAUGUUCUCUGAUGGAGACAGACUCUGCGUAUUGGUCCCUGUACGAUUACUUCGCCGGCAAGAACAGCAAGAACACCAGGAUAACGAUGGUUUCUCCCGUUCUACAUGCUAUGAACCCUGCUGACCUGGGGAGGGACAGCUGUGAUAAGCUGUCCAAGCUGUGCCUCUGGCUGCCCAGCGAACAGCAGGAGGAUCCACCGCAGCCUAACGGAGAAGGGGUGUAUCUGUACCAGAGCCGCGGACCAAAAGCUUACGUGCUGACGUACAGCGGCGUCAGGGCAGACGGGGAGGAAGAGUUGGCCGUCAGGGUCAGAAACUUCAUGGACAGGCUGGACGAAGCAGGAAUUGAAUACAAACCCGAGUACGUUAAAGCCGUCAGCUAUGAUGGACCAAAUAUUCUUGUCAGGAAGCGAGUCCAUGAAAUCUGGCUUAUCAAACCUGAAACCUCCGACUCUCGCGAGAUCUUGGACCCGGUGUCCGAAAAGUGCAAGCGGGUCGAAUGCCCGGCAUACAAGACCAUCAGGGAACAUGUGGGCUUCGAGGAGAGACGUGUCAAACCCGGCACUUGGGUGUGUAAGAAGUCUAUUGGUUGCUCCCCGACACAAACGACUGGUGCCUUCAUGUCCCUGUUCCACUACAUCUUCGGCAGCAACAGUAAGAAUGUGAAGAUAGACAUGACAGCCCCUGUACUACGGAUGAUGAAUCCAGAUGACAUAGAUAGGGAAGGUUGUGACAAGGAGGUCAAGACGUGCUUCUGGCUGCCCGAGAAGCAUCAGAAGGACCCUCCUCAACCGACUGAAGACGGGGUGUUUUUAUACAGGAGCCGUGGUCCAGUAGCCUAUGUUCUGACGUACAGUGGUGGGAUAAGAGGAAAAGAUGAGGAGUUUGGACAGAGGGCGAAGGAAUUCAUGGGCAAACUUGACUGGGCAGGUCUAAAGUACAAACAGGAGUAUGUGAAAUUUGUAGGGUACGAUGGACCGGAUGUUCCUCACAGCAAACGAGUGAACGAAAUCUGGCUCAUCAAAUCAGACAAUGCUGAAGACUAUCGUGGCAAGGUUGUGACUACCAUGGAGGACAGGUGCAGGGUGAUGGACUGUCCUAACUACUGGAGCAUCAAGAAAUAUGAUGGCUUCGAAGAGAGACGGAUAAUGCCAGGCACGUGGAUCUGUAAGAAUGUCAGCAGUUGUUCCUUGGGAGAUGCAAUAACAAAGUUCUCCUGGACCCUGGUGGGUUACGUGAGUGGUGGCAACAGUAAGAAUGCCGAAAUUAAACAGACAACCACCCUCGUCAUCUGGACGCAUCCAUCUACGCUGAGCACUGAAGGUUGUAACAAGGACUACACGGCGUGUCUCUGGCUGCCCAAAGAACAUCAGGAGGACCCCCCUAAGUCACCAUCGUAUGGGAAUAGCGCGAUGUUCCUGUACCACAGUCGCGGUCCUGUGGUGUACGCCAUGCCGUACAAUGUUACUGCCAGGGACGGGAGGUCUGAAACCUUUACCCAGCGUGCAACAGAAUUCAUGGACAGGCUCGACGCAGCCGGUAUUGAGUACAAACCGGAAUAUGUGAAAGCUGCCGUGUUCGGUGGUGGACCAUCUCAUCAGGUCAUUCAUGAAGUGUGGCUGGUCAAACCAGAAAAGUGA